UGAUGCUGGAAAAUAUUAAUGGUGCAGAACUGGAAUGCUGGAAGUGACAUUAAUUUUUUCCACUGUUGCCAUAGGAAUAACCUUGUGCCUCACCCAGCUCUGUAGGAAACAUAUCUCCCGGUUAUUGAAUAAACAGAAGCAUGCCAAGACAAAGUUUCUGUUACUUGGAAUAAAUACCAGUAAAUUCAGGUGCCACUACCUUCUUCCAUCUUUGAAAAAAGUAAUGCACACUUGACUGGGAAAAUAACACAGCUAUAAUGGAUGAAAGAGCAUGCCAUGCUUGUCUUGUAAUCUGUAUCAUAGUACAAACAGUUCCACUUCAGGCUGUAGACUCCUCGCCAUUAAGACAUGAAAACAUUCCAACCACAAUGUCAACUCAGGAGGCAAGAAUUGCUACUGCAGCUAGCACUAAAACGCCUACUGCAUCCAGUAAAGAAGCAGUAAACAGCAUUACACUGAAUAACUCAAGUGCCAACUGGAACACAUUAGCUACAGAUGUGAAUACUACAAACUUUUCCCCUCUGUCAUCUAAUACUAUACAAACUACAUAUUCCCUGCACAAAGAGGCAAACAGUUCAUCAGCUAUGACUGCUGAAACAAAAACUGUGGUGACAAGAGUUCCUACUGUGUCAUUCUUUGGUAAUUCUACAUAUCAAGCCACUGCUGAAGAAUCCAACGGGACUCCAGGUAUCACACUGAAACUGACAUCCCAGCCUUUUAGAAGUACACCAGUAAUGAGCAGCAAGGUCUUGCUUUCAGAUUCAGCAAAACAGUUUCCAGAGGGAGCUCAUUUGAAGAAGUCAGAGGUUAUCCUAACAAUUGGUUUUGCCAUUGUUCUUACAUUGACAAUUCUAGGAUUCACUGUUUACAUUCUCAAUAAACACAGAAAGAGAAGGGAUCAGUAUUCUCAUUGCCCACUUCAUGAUGCCUCUUCUGAAACAGUGGACAGAUAUGCUACUCCAGAUGACACACUUGUAAUAUCAGGAGGUUUAUAUGAUGCACCAAGAUUUUAUAAUCCCAACAUGAUGGUGUAUGAAGAUGAUGAACUCCAAAAUGAUAAUUUAUCAUUCACUGCUCAACAUGGACAAUUGGAAAUGGACCUUUCACCAAUACAUGAAGCAUUUCAGAUACCAGCAGGAGCCUUAUAAUGGCUGAAGCAAGGCAAAUCUUUUCAAAUCUCUAAAAUAGAUGCUUGCCCUACUGUGUUCAUUACAAGGAAAAUCCAACUCAAUGAAGAUGAGAAAAUAAAAUGAAGGAAGAAGUUUAUUAAAACAAGGGAUCUAACAUUUCUAACAAUGGUUAACAUUUUUUUUUUUUGUUAUUCAACAAGGAACGCAACUCUAUUUGAAUCUGUUUCACUAGUGAUAUUGGGCUUGAUCCAGAUGUAGAACAGACCUAUUGAAAUCAAUUGAUUUAAUGGCUCUACUCUAGGUAUGACUUGGUCUGGAUCCAGUCCAUUAGACUUUUAAAUAAAAUAAAUGUAUUCUGAUUCAUACUUUAAUAAACCUUAAUAUGUAUUCACUUUUUAAAAAGCUAGUUAAUUCUAAUCUAUUAAAUUAACAUAUAUGCCGCUAGGUAUGCAUGAGAAGAUGGGUACAAGAUUCAAUAGGGCCCUCUUUCCUCCCUCCCCUCCUUGUCAGCCCUCAGCUGGGCAGAAAGUAGAGUAUGCUAGCCAUUAGUCACAAAUAUAUCCUUGUGCAAGCCUCUCAUGUAUGCAUCAUUUUCUUCCCAGGGUCGAGCACACAAGUUACUUAUUCACCAGAACUGGCAUGUGAUGAGGGAUAGAGAGGAAAGAAAGCUCCACCUUAUAUUAAUGCUUUCUACAUAUGCAGGAUUACCUGCAGGGGAUAAAUCAGGUCAUAGGAUUUUGGACAAGUAUUUAAUGCUUGAAGUAUUCCAGAGUUUUGAACUUUUAGAAUAUAUAUUUUAAGAAUAGAAGGUAAUCAACAAAAUGUAACAAAAGUGGAGUUGAAAU